CGCCGCAGCCACCCACCAGUGCCCCAUGAGCCAUCCAGCAUGCCGCUCUGCCGCCGUAGCGCCGCCGCCGUCGCCGCUCUCCUCGCCGUCGCCGCCUGUAUGGUGACUGUGACAUCAGCAGCACCUCAGAGAUGUUCUUCCAUAGCAGCAAAUGAUAAGAAAUACACCACACGCUAUGACAGCAUCGAUAUUGACAGCAUCCUGAAGAGCGACCGCCUGCUGAGGAGCUACAUGGACUGCCUGAUGGAUCGUGGACCCUGCACUCAAGAGGGCUGCCUCCUCAAAGCGGCGAUUCCAGAUGCCCUGCAAACAGAGUGCUCUAAAUGUAGUGCUGUUCAGAAGAAACAAGCAGGCCGUGUCAUGGCCUGGAUACUUGAGAACAAACGCAAUUACUGGGAUGAACUUAUUGCCAAGUAUGACCCAGAAGGCAACUUCCGCAAAAAAUAUGGCUAUGAUGAGGAUGAUGAUGAAGAGGAGAAGUAAUAUAAAUACAAGUGGUGAAAGAGGAAAGGAAACACUCCAAUCCAUCACACUUUGAAGAUUCAAAAGGCCUUUUGAAGUAAUAGAAAAUUCCCAUUCCUUUGUAACAACAUUGAUACUUACCUUGUCAGGUGCAUCAGCACUUCUGAUAAGAAACAGUGAUCCUUAUAGUUUUUCUCAGACAGAAUACUCAUUGGCAAGAAAGUGAUGAAUUGUGUGCUAGUCUCCUAGAACUAAAAAAAUCUAGUGUAAAUAAUUUUGUCUUGUAAUGACAUUCUUGGAGAGUUGUGGCGGUUGUGUGAUACAUAAUGUUUAUAGCAUACUGCAGCUAUCAGCCACAAUUUAGAUUUGGUUUACAUUAUAGAAAAAUACCAUUACUGGUUCUGAAUCACACAUUCAUUCCCAAAUGGCUUGGUUCCAUUUAUGCUUUUAUCAAAACGCAACACACUGCAUUGCCUUUUAUAAAGUGUAAAUGGUGAAUGUGUAAAUUUGAAACUAGUAUAGUGCUCUUUCAUUGUAAACAAAAUUGAAACUGUGGCUCAUUGCUGUGCUGUAUGCUGUAAAUAUUCUAUUAGAAGGUUGUCUGAUAAUGUAAUGCUGGUUCUGAACAUAAAAUGAUCUGUUGUGGAAUAUUACUGCAUGACACUUACAGAUCACAACACUAUGCAGUUCUUUGUAUUUUUUCUGUAUUUACAGGAUUAAAAGUUAUCCUAAUACAGUAUAUCAGUGACAUAGCAGAGUAAAAUUCUUUGAAAAAUAUGAUGAGGUUGUGUAAAAGCUAUUUUGGUUUACAGUUUAGGGAAAUGACGGUACUGUGGCCAUAUUUGAAGAAGCUAAAGGUUAGCAAUUAGUGUCCUUAUUACUCUGAAAUGGAAAUGGCCAUCUUUCUAAGGAAAAGACCAUACAUGUACAUAAAUUUGAAAAUCAUUUUAUUGUGGUAGUUCAUACAAAAAGAAUGUAUUCAUGACUGGGAUUUUUCUACAGUAAAAAUACAAAAUUCAGUUGAUGUAUGUCAGUUUUACACAGUGAUAAUACUAUCCAAAACUGAAAAAAAAUCUAUCCAAUUCCCUUACAACUAGUCUAAAUCACUUGCUUUAUAGAGGAAUUAAGUACGUCAGGCAUACAUUACAAUCAUUUAUCCAUUGUUCCAGAAAAGCAUUUCAUAUUUAUUACCUGUGAAAUGUUUAAAUAAUUACAUGUUUAAAAAGAAAUUAGACAUUUGUUUCAAUGUA